UUCAUUAGUUGUACCCGCAGUUGUUCUUUUAUGAACAUUGCAGGUUGAAAAAGCUGUAAUAAAAUUAAAUACCGGAGACGUUUAUGGUGGAAUUUUAGUAGUAGACUUUCUUCCACUUGAACAUUUCAUUGUUUUUUUAAGAAUGGCUGCUCUCAGAGUAUUCAAAAUCAAAACGUACCUUCUGUUCGGUUCAUAUAGCAUCUUAAGCUGUACGCCUGUGUUGUCUAGUUUUUCUCUCGGUCCUGAGAAAUCUAAUUACGUGGACCAGCGUGAACUUUGUCAUCGAGGUAAAAUGGACCACAUUCCAGUUUUCGAAAAUGGAAAUCGUGUUUUCGGGGAUCAUUACCAGGAUGGAGGAUCAUUUUCUGACCUCAGUAAAGAUGAAUCAGAUGACCAGGAUAGAGAAUCACUUUCAGAAGUCUUUGAAGGUAAAGAGAAGUCAUAUUACCCGAACAUAGAGCCAUUUUCAGACUUCAGUGAAAGUGAAUAUGAACAGUACACAGAAAUAAUUGAGCGGAUCAAACGUAUCUUGGAUCAGCAGCUGACAGACGUCCUCCCACUUGCCACUGAGCAAACUUUGGACUCUUGGAUUAUUAACUUCAAUAAAUAUUUCCAGGAAAACUGCAGAUUCGAGCAGUUGCAUGAUUCCUGCAUAAAACUGGCACAAUAUGUUCCCCUCCUACUGAAAAGGUUAGAAGGAAUUAGGGGUGCUAAUGAUAACUACAAUAGGUCAGAAAAAAUUUGUUGGAUGAGAUUUUAUGCCAAAAAGGAUCCUGGUAUAAUUAGCGUGGAGCCUAAAAGCAUAGAUAAGACGAUGAUGCUGUCAACACAAAGAAAAGAAAAGAACUGCAGUGUUGCAAAUUUUUAUUUUAUGUUGUGUGAGGAAAGAUUUAACUUUUUUCCAGUAUCCCAGUCAUCCACACAUCUAAGUGCAAAUUGCAAAGGACAACUUUCAGAACUUGGAUCUGCUGAACCUGUAAUACUAACUGAUACUGUGUCAAACCUGGAGUAUAUGUAUUUUUUUUCUUCACAGUAUAUGUAUGUGGCUGUGGCAGUUACUGAUAAUCUCAAGAAUGUAUGUUGUGAAUGCCCUUGUGUGAUGGGGUUCAAAUCCAGAGAUGGUGCUGUUUGUGUUUGCAUACUGAUGUGUAAGGAUCAUAUGUCAUGUUGCAAGACAACAAAGUUGAGGAAACAUCAGACAUGUAUAGUUUAACUUACUGUUUAUGUUUCCUUUAAAUUAUUUUUUCAAUUUUUUUUCACUCUUCAUGCUUUGCUCACUGUUUGGUAUUGAGCAGUCUUAAUGGGCAGUGGUCCAUAGCAGUGAACAGGAGUUUAUUUCCUAAGGAAAAAAAGUGAAUAUUUUUUUUACCUGGGAAUGCCUUCUGUAGUGCAAAUGAACCUGGUGCUGGUACAUGGCUGUCAGCAGUCAGGAUAGUACUCAAUGCAGAAAACGCACCAGUCAGGUAGCUUUCCCUUUUACAGAAAAUGUAAGUGCAUUGAACUCAGAGAAAGAGGCCACACAAUGCAGGAUUCAAAUACACUUUACAGAUAUUUGUAUGACUGAAUUCAGAAUAGAUAUUGACACUCAAUGUUGUAUAUAAAAUGAACAGACUAACGUCUGUGAAAAAUGAUAAAAAUUUUACCCGUAGUCCCUGUGAAUUGAUGUUACAAAGAUGAUGUAAACCCACAUCUUCUCAUUAUUAGUAACAGUACAUGCUAUGGAUGCUGCCACAUAUGACAUUUUGUAAAGUGUGAUAAUACAAAAAUAAUGAGUAAUGUGGGAAUAUAUGACAUAAAUGCUGGAGAACUUUUCCAUAUCUCUGAAGUAUUCAUCAUAACAGUUAUACUAUGUAUUUUAAAUGUUGAUGUCAUGAAUAAUUGUAUGUACUGUGGCAAGAAUGACCACCUUUCAUUCUCUGUCUGUCCUCUUUCAGAAUGAUUGUCAUUACAUGAAAUCCUGAUGAUGUGUAACCUAAAUGCUGCUUGUAGUGUUGCAAGCAGAUAUAAAAAAGAUGAAUGUGA